AUGACCCGUUCUCGCCGGCAAGAGCGCCUCUCUGGCGGCCGCGCGAGCUCCGAGUCCUCGGCUUCGACGUCGCCCGAGCGCUGCCCCGACGACGACAACGACUCCUUCAUGUUGCAGCCCAACGAUUCCCAGUCGUCCAUCGCUCCUUCCACCUCCGAGGAAGAGACGUAUGCCCGCGAGAUGGAGGAGAGGUGUCGCCUCUCACCCAUCAGCCGGCUUCCCGCUGAGCUCAUGAUCUCCAUAUUCGCCAAGCUCUCGUCGCCCGCCGACCUGAAGUCAAGUAUGCUCGUAUCCAAGGACUGGGCGCGGAAUAGUGUAGGCCUGCUGUGGCACCGCCCACAGACCAACAAAUGGCCGAGCGUGCACAUAGUGGUUCAGGCCGUCAGAAAGGUGGAUAGCUAUUUUGACUACCAGACUCUGGUCAAGAGACUCAAUCUCUCAACCCUCGGUGUCGAGGUCAGCGACGGCACUCUGCAGCCCUUUUCGAGCUGCAAGAGAGUUGAGCGCCUGACUCUGACCAAGUGUGUCAAGCUCACGGACCUCAGUCUUGAGGCCAUGUUGGAAGGCAACCGUAGCCUUCUGGCCCUAGAUGUAACCGAGUUGGAAAAUCUCACGGACCGGACCAUGUUCGCCCUCGCGAAGAACUGCUUGAAGCUCCAGGGCCUGAACAUCAGCGGAUGCAGGAAGAUCAGCGAUGAGUCUCUGGAAGCCGUUGCUCGGAGCUGCAGGAAUGUGAAGAGGCUCAAAUUCAACCACUGCGCCCAGAUCACCGACAACGCUGUCAUGGCGUUUGCCAACAACUGCCGCUACAUCCUGGAGAUAGACCUGGAAAACUGCCGGAACCUGGAAGAUGCCUCGGUCACGGCCCUGAUUAGAGAGGGCAAACAUCUCCGAGAGCUCCGCCUUGCGCACUGCACCCGCAUCACGGACCACGCCUUCCUCAACUUGCCGCCGGAUUCCACAUACGAGAGCCUCCGCAUCCUCGAUCUAACAGAUUGUGGGGAGCUCAACGACGUCGGCGUCCAGAAGAUCAUUGCGGCCGCCCCACGUUUGCGUAACCUUGUCCUGGCCAAAUGCCGUCAGAUCACCGACCGUGCCGUCGCGGCGAUCACGAAGCUUGGCAAGAACCUCCACUACAUCCACCUCGGCCAUUGUUCGCGGAUUACCGACACUGGUGUUCAGCAAUUGAUUCGAAUGUGCACGCGCAUCCGCUACAUUGAUCUCGCCUGCUGUCAAAAUCUGACGGACAAGUCUGUCGAACAACUGUCAACCCUCACCAAGCUCAAACGGAUUGGCCUGGUCAAGUGCGGCAACAUCACCGACAAGAGCAUCACCGCACUUGCCAGACAAAGGCACCAAGGGGCAAAUGGACAGGCAGUCCCGUGCUCGCUUGAGCGUGUGCAUCUCAGCUACUGCACGCUCCUGACGCUCAAUGGGAUUCAUGCUCUGCUCAACAACUGCCCUCGCUUGACCCACUUGAGUUUGACAGGGGUGCAGGCAUUCCUGCGCGAGGAUCUCUUGGUGUUCUGCCGUGAGGCUCCACCGGAAUUCAACGAGCACCAACGUGACGUCUUCUGUGUGUUCUCAGGCAACGGAGUUGCUCGGCUGCGCGACCAUCUUAACCAGGAAGAGACGAACCCGACAUACGAGACUGACGGUACCAUGUACGACGAUGGUGACGAUGCCGACAUGGUUGUCAAUGUCAAUGUGCACCAGCAAGUGACGGCAAUGAUGGGUGCAACCGCCAUUGGCGAAGAGAUGGACGAAGACUUUGGCGACGGCAGCGAAGUGCUCGGCUGA